AUGUCCCUGAGUCCACCUACUUCUGAUGGGUACCUGACGUCUAAAGAGGAACUAAAAUUACUUUAUCUCACUGUCCAGCUAGCACACGUCAGCCACCAUGAGUCUCUGGCUGAGAGCUACAGAAGUCUGGGCCAGAAGGAAAAGGCAUGUUGUGUGAUCAUGGAGGCAGCCAGACUUGACACCAAGCUCAUCACUGAACCUCUCAUUAAGACAAUGUGGAAAAUGGCAAAACAAGAUCCUUCAUUGCCUGUGGUGAAGAUGUUUGAACCUCUGCUACAUGAAGAGGAACAACAACACGCUCAGCUGAUGGAGAUGGUGUGUAGGUGGAUACUGUCCUUCAAUCAAAGCCCGUCUUUGAGCCGAGCUAUUGCUGACAUCCUAGAAUGUUUGUCUGCCCACCCCGCCCUCUCAUCUUGUGAGAAAGCUGUGUACUCACUCCUGCUGGUAGAAAAUAAAGCCUUCUCUAAUGAUGACAACCACAAUAAGAUUUCAAGUCAGAUGCUUCAGACAACAAGAGACUCAAUCUCUGUGCUAGUGGAUGACUCAAGUCACAGUUUUGAUGACUUUUUGUCACAGAUGACUUUCUUAUAUUGGGAGAUGUGUCAUCGGCUCACAUGUUUAGACAAGACCAAUGCAGAGGAUGAGUCUCCUGAAGUACCUACCACUCCACCACCCAUAAUGCAGUCAACCCAAACAGUCAAGACCCCCUCUGAGCCUGGCCUGCUGGAGCCACAGACCCCCAUGGAUCAUGCCCCGACCCCCAAAUUGAAGCUUUCAUUUCAGACGCCAGUGAGGCCCAGGAAACAGGUCCUCAAGAGUAAAGGAAAAAACAUGGCCAGUCAACCUCUUUGCCAGGUAGACAGUGAUACCCUUAUGACCAAGGCAUCUGUUUGUCUGACUGUAUGGACUGAAUGGUUCAACUGCCACAAAAGUGUCCUGAUGACCAUGGAGGAUGGGAGGUUUAGGGCGGAGCGGAGUCUCACUUUCUUGCAGAGGGUUGCCGAGUUGGCACUGGCUAACCAUCAGACCACCACAGCUUUACAGGCAUUCUGUCUGGCUAAAAAUCUGGCCACCUUAGCUGAGAAAACAGAUGUGGUCAAGCGUGUGACUGGCCAGCUGAUUGCGCUGGUGGCACAGGUGGGCUUGAAGUGUGAGGACAGCAGCAGUGACAGAGAUCUGUUUGAGGACAGCCCUGAUGAUGUCUUCUUGUCCAGUCUUGGCCUGGGGGAGGAUGGACACAUCCUGGAUCUGGUCUCCAUAGCAGCACACCAUCUGAGGACAGGGGAGCAUAUGCACUUUGUGAAGGUUCGUAAUCUUGUGAAUGAAACAAUCAAUAAGACUCGUGACAAAGGGGUCAUGACCCCCAGCACUACAAUAGCCCUGUCAUUCAUCAAGAGACUUUCUGCUGAAUUUGCUGCACAGUUUCCAGAGAUGAGUGACUAUGGGUCUGAGUCACAUGACACAUAUCCCCUGUUGCUUGCUGGUGAUGCCCUCAAGUACAGCUCUAGUAUUGCCAUGUUUUACUUGGGGAAAGACUACAAGAGCAUUGAGAACAAAGGGCCCUCUAUAGACACUUGGCAAAUAGUUCACAAUUACUUGACAACUCUAAAGCUGAAUGGGGAAUUGUUCAUGCACAUUGGAAACAUCAAAUACGCCAGGACUCAUUUCACAGAGGGACUCAAGAUGGCCAAGUCCUAUCUACUGGUCACUUGGAGUGCCAUAUUUCUGUGUAAACUUGUGGAAGUGGCUCUGUGCUAUUAUGAUACAACUAAAGAGGCUCAAGGGUACCUGAAGAGAGCACUAAGAAUAGUUGGUAAACAAAGCUUGUCAUCCCAGGAAGUUGAAGCUGCAAGCUGUGCACACAACCCUCUGGCCCUGGACCACUUUCACUGCCACUUUCAUACAGACAGAAAACAGAAUCAGUGCAUCUGUUCAAACAGGCCAAGUCAAGUUGAUGCACUAGACGUCAGGGAACUUUUGUUUGAGGCUGUGGCUGGGGACAACGAAGAAGUCAUGGAGGAUGAAGGGCCAGAUGUGAAGUUUCUCUGUCAUGCUGUGUCAUGUAGCCAUUGCUACAACCCUAAUGUAGCACAUCUUAGCACCCAACUCAUGUGGUACCAAGCUGAGCACAUCUUAGCACCCAACUCAUGUGGUACCAAGCUGAGGUACGUGUCAUGUAGCCAUUGCUACAACCCUAAUGUAGCACAUCUUAGCACCCAACUCAUGUGGUACCAAGCUGAGAUUGCCAGUAAAAACGGCCAACACUCUGCUGUGAUUGAGUCCCUGAAUGCCGCUGGGUGCACAUCGCAAGCCCUGUCAGAAAAGACUUGUAAACACAAAGUUUUGGACGUUUUAGCGGAUUACGGAUUCAACUUUUCUGUUGGGGAACAUGGUGCUCUAGAAACUAUCAAUCCGCUGUUAGAAACAAAAUUUCGUCUGGCUUCCUAUUUGUAUCACUGUCUGUAUAAUAUGCCAGAGCAUGAAGGUUGUGAGGUCCGUGUGGAAGACUUGAAAUGUUGUUUGGACAGUGUGGUCAACAACAGCACAGAGCUGUGUUCCUUGAACAACUCUGUUCUGUUGGCUUCUGCUCAUCUACUCAAGAGCCACAUGAAACACCUGCCUGAGCUGCUCACACACAGUCAGAUGGUGGAUGAGGAAGCUCGUGAGUGGACAGAGCAGAGGGGGGGUGACCUCACCGAUGAAGAAAUCAUCGCCUUAGGUGCGAGUGAGUUACAGGCCUUUAACACUUUUUGGAACUCACAAAAAGUUCUAGACUUUAAAUCUGUGAAUCUGGUCACCGCCUCGGACAGUGUCCAGCCUGACACCCACUUGAGAACUCCAACUGCUCCUUGCAGAAUCGCCACAAGUGUGUCCCCAACAUCCGCCACAUCCACCAAAGUAUCCACCUCAUCCACCAAAGUAUCCACCACAUCCAGCAUUAGAUCAGGAGCUAAGACCAGCAAGAAGCUCUCACUUAGAAAAGAUAAAGUUAUCCAGAUCUUUGAUGACUCUGUGGUAACGCCCUGUGUGAAAAAACCAGUCAAAACUCUGCGGGAACACAACCCACCCAUGGAGGAGCCAGCUGGUGUGGAGGCUCCCUCAAGGUCCUCUCGCCCUGAGAGCACCAAACCUGUCAAGAGGAUCACAAGACAGAGGCAGGUCAAGAAGGAAAUAUCACCCAAAGAAAAUGUGGCACCAAAGAGAAGUUCCAGAAAGAAAAAAGUCGAGUCCCCUGAGACUGGGAGACAGGAACCUCUGCUGGCGCCAUUUGUUGUAGAGAACUUGGAUGUGUCCUACAGCAUCAUGGACAGCCCUGUCAGGGGGGAGGACAGCUGUUUGAUGGCCACAUCACCCUGGUUAGACUCACCUGAGGUACCCAGGGGGCGGGGUAAAAAGAAACAGGAAACAGAAAAAACAACAGGCACCAAGAGAUUGAAGAAAACUGAGCUCAUGCCAGAUAUCUCUGACUUAAAGAUACCUGUUUCAGAUGUUUUCUGUCUGGCAUCAGGCUCAGCAGAAUCUGACCAACUCAGAGAUGUGUUACAGAGGAUGAAGCAUUUUCCUCACUCAUUUCUCUACAGUCAGACAUCUCGGGCCCUGGCCCUGAAUGAAUGGUCCCAGGAUACUUUGGAUGCCAAAUCCCGAGGAAAUGGUGACCUGGGUGACCAUAAGAAAAUCUCAGCCUACCUGACAGACUCUAUGCACUUGACCUUCCAUCAUCUGAUGACAAGAAACCUGCAAUCAAAACUUAGAAAAUGUAAAGACUCCAAGUCUAGGAAGCUGCAGCCUGAUGACAGUGAUGCCAACAUGUACCUGAGUGACUGGUGUCAGCUGACAGGUGAGGAUCUGACCCAUGAGGUCACGGCCAUGUCUGAGGCCCUGACACGCCUACAGCCAGGGGGGGAAGUGGAGCUUCUGGGCAAAAGAUUGGCUGCCUUGCCUGCAGAUUGGACUGUUGUCCAGAUGACUGUGGUCAACUACGACCCAUUGAACCCUGGCACUGGCCAGGUGUUUAUAACAAGAUUGACCCCUGACCUUGAACCUGUAACUGUUGAACUUCCACACAAAAGAUGGCUCUAUCUAACCAGAGCCAGUAGAGUGUAUGAAACAGCCAUCAAACAUGACAACAACCUGUCACCAGAGGAGUACUGGAACCACAGGUUUAGGAGGGACACGGAUAUCAAAAAUGUUGUCCAGUACCUACAAGAAAUGUUCCUGAGCUCCCACAAGUGGCUGUUGAGAGGACGGGCAGAUCUGGUUGGUCAGCCAAAGGUCAGCCAGCUGUUAGAGACUGCAGCCCAGAACGCUGUGGACACAGUUUUACAUCAGCUCAAAUAUCAGCUCAAUUAUAACACAGUUCGGGUCCUGUUUGAAGCUGUACUGUGUGCCCAUGAGCAGGACGUCACGUCACUGUUUGCCUGUGUCUGGCCACAGGAUGUGUCCAGUCUGGUCUCACAGAUCUGUCUACAGCUGCAGGGGGAGGUGGCUCAAGCCUGUGGGGAGGAGUGUCUGGUCACUAGGGGUCCAGUGGUUCUCAUCUUAGACAAGACCCUAAACAAAAUGCCAUGGGAAAGCAUGCCAGAUUUUUUAACAGAGACGGUGACAAGAGUUCCGUCCCUUGCAACCCUAGAUGCCCUGCUGGCAUUACACCAGAACAAACUGGUUUCCUCCUACAGGAGAGGUGUAGAUCGUGACAGUGCUGUAGCAGUUAUAGACCCAGAGACCAACCUGGUGAAUGCUGUCAAUGUUCUGCUGCCCCAGCUACAGCAGUAUGAUGGCUGGAACUGUUUGUCACAGAAAGCACCAACUGUCUUAGAUCUGAAAGAUUUUCUUUCAAACAACGCCCUAUAUCUGUACUGUGGUCACGGAUGGGGCAACCAGUUUGUUGGUGGGGAUGACCUUCAGAUGUUCAAUGCCAAGGCUGUUGCUGUUCUCAUGGGCUGUGACAGUGGGAAGUUGGACUACAAGCCUCGUCUAGACGGUGACGGAGGGCCUUUGUACUUUCUCUUGGCAGGAUGCCCAACAGUGGUGGGCAACCUGUGGGUGGUGACUGACAAGGACAUCGACAAGCUGACCUCCAGCCUGGUGGCAGAGUGGAUGUCACAGAAGAAGCCGGUGCCACUGAGUCACGUCUUGACGGCCGCAAGAAAGGUCUGCAGGUUGACUGGUUUGAAUGGGUUUGCUCCUGUUGUCUACGGUCUGCCAGUUAUGCUCAACUGCUAGGUCAGGGAACACAUGGGUCAGGUUUAUUUAGCAAGUUGGUUUUGUUUUUGUAAAUAUAACUGACUUGACACUUGUAGCUAUCAAUUAUUUUUAGAAUCUGUACAAUCAGUUUAAAAAACAAGCUGCAUGUGGCUAGGCUUUAUUAAAACAAUAAAUUUGCAAAUAGCUGUAUUAAAACAGUAGUGUGGAAAUAGCUGUUUUAAAACAGUACAUGUGCAAAUAGCUGUUUUAAAACAGUACAUGUGCAAAUAGCUGUAUGAAACAGUAGGUGUGCAAAUAGCUGAUAAGAUGAAAUAGACAUUAUGUACUUAUCAUAAAAUAAUAUUCUGGAUUUUAUCUUGUUGCUGGACCUUUGUGGAGGUAAAUUUUUGAACAAUAUUCAGAUACCUCAUAAAUAAUCUAAUGCACAAUGUGUUUUUAGACAUUUUAUAAUUGUGUAUGCAUAAUUUAUAUUGUAUAAGCGAAUGAUGAGAAAGCAUGAGCAUUUUUAUCUCUGAUAAAGUCAUAUUCUGAGUCUGGGUGAUUGUGUUGGACUAGUUUUAAAGUGUGUACCCUAUUUAUUUGACGUGUAACUGUUUCCUUGGGUGGAGUUCAGUGUUUGGAUUAUUGCCCUUUGUUAAACAUUUUCUUUUGUUCAAUAAUUUUUUAAUACAUACCGAUGAGUAA